ACCACUUCCACAAGGGAGAAAAUACAUAAGCCCACUUGGCUCCAAUAAUUCAAAAGAUCUCAUUUUCUCACAUUAAUGUCAAACAAAUAAAAUCUUCUCUUUCUCUCUAGAACUUCUGGAAACCCUGAUCAAAGCUCCAAUGACAUCAUCUCAAGGAGACAUGGAUCUUGAGGAGUGGGAGUUACUCCCAAAAAGCUAUUUCAAGGAUCUUGAUCUUGAUCAUGAUGAGGAUCAUCAAGAAGCCAUGAUACUGGAUUGCUUCCUCUCCCCAUCUACUCAAGAUCCUCUCCAUAAGAUAGAGUCUCCUCCAAUAUUCAGAGUUGUCCCCACAAAGCUCCUCCAAGUCCCCAUAGCUUGGGAACCCGUGUUGGAUCACGAGAAUAAGAAGAUGCCCGGUCUUGACCCGGAUCCAACACAGACCCUUUUGAUGGAGUCUGUCCCGUCACCAAGAGUAUCCUUCAAGAAAACGAAGGAAACUGAAUUUGCCGACAUGAAAAUUGACCCACCAGCGAGGAUCACGAGUCCUGUGCCUUUGAUAGAUGCUGCGAAGCCCUCUGAUUGCGAAGGAAGCGAUGACUUGCGAGUUAAGAAAGAAAAUGAUGAUGUGACGAGUGAACAUGGUGGUGAGAAACUGAACUUAUGGAAGAUUGGUCUUAAUGGGAUCGGAGCUGUUUGCUCUUUUGGCGUUGCAGCAGCUGCUGCUACAGUAUGUGUCUUGUUCCUCGGACACAACAACAUCAAAGUUUGUAAGAACAAGAACCAUAAGCUUAGGUUCCAGAUUUACUCCGAUGAUCAUAAGAGGAUGAAUGAAGCUGUGAAUCAAGCAACAAAGGUUAAUGAAGCAAUCUUUGCAAUGAAAGGUGUUCCUGUCGUAAGAGCUCAAAUAUCUUUUGGAGGUUACUACGAUGGACUUUGAAUCCCAACCGUUCAUAAUUCUCUUUCGAAUCAAGGGAUGAGAUCGAGUCUACCCUCAUCUACCAGCUUCAUAAGUUCAACGUGCAUGCAUGGUCAUUGUCAAUACAUUUUGUAAAUUUUGUUAAAAUCCAAUCUGUUGAUAGAUCAUUGUAAAAUUUCAUGUAAUAUUUUAAUCGUUGUGAAAUAAUUUAAAUAUCUUUUGUGAUUUGUUUGAUUUAGUAUUUCGAUUCACGUA